AUGAAGGUGCGAUGUGCCAACAACCUCCCUGCACGCGCUCUGCUGCUCUCGUCCAGCUCUACGAUUCGGCCGUCGUUCGUCCUCUGCGCCUUUACACCUCCGAAUCGGUUCGCCCCCCUUCGCACCUACCACUCUACAAUCACACCACGAGCCCAAUCCUUCAUCCAAGCAGGACCUCAAAUCGGUUCGCAAAACAACUUUGAUUUCCGUGACGACGCGGAGGAAGAACCCCAAAGAAGUGGGCGAAACUCUUCGGCUCCUCGUCCUGCUGGCGGAGAGGGAGGGAGCGGUGGGAAUGGUAAAGGAAAGGGUAGAAAUGGGAAUGGAAAGAGUUGGACCAGUGGAUUGGAGAGUGCCGCAGCGACGGGAGCAGGUCGGUCGGUCCGCUCCGGCUUCAGCGACGAGCAGUGAAAAGUGUGCUAAUCUGGCCACAACCCCCACCGCCGACAGGGAUCAUCUUGCUUGCUGUCGCUGGGUUGUGCUAUCACAAGUGGUGAGUACUGCGUCUUGGGUCUCCGAGCUCGGGCGCCCCCCCCCCCCCCCCCCCCCACUAUUCACCGUAUUCGCACCCGUAACGCCCAAUUGACCCCACCCUGCGCCACAAACAGGUACAAAUGGGAAGCCUUCCGCAAGAUGAGACGCGCCUUCGCAAAAGGGUACGACCCCGUCCUCGCCCUCGCCUCCGCGGCCGCGUACGACGAACAAGGCGGCCUCGUUCCCGGUCGAGUCGUACGCAAGGAACAGGAGUACAUUCGGAAGAUCGUCAAUGGCGAGAUCAGUGGCGAGUAUCUGUUGUUGAUGGGGCCCAAGGGUGAGUGAAAAACAGAGUGAGGCGGGGACAAAGUAGGGCGGGAGAUGGGGGCUGAUUCUUCCUCUUGCUGUGAACAGGAGUCGGCAAGACGAGCAUGAUCGUCGAUGCCAUGGUCAACAGUCAGUCCCUCGUUAGAGGUAAUUGUUCAUUCGCGCACUCAACACGUCGCCUUCAUGCUCCAAACAGACCAAGCCGACGGCUGCGCCAUGAUGGAAGCCCAUGAAGACGCCGAGGUGUUCCGUCUCCGACUCGGCAAGGCGCUCGAUUUCGAAUACAACGAGGACUCGUUCGCCGGCUUGUUCUCGAGGAAAGAUCCGAGGGAGGCCGGACCGUGUUUGGAUAUCGAAAGGGCGUUGGCUAAAUUGGAAAAGGUGCCCCCCCCCGAUGGCACACGCAGCUCCGAGUUGAUCUGGUGAAACGUGCUGAUGAAUUGGUGACCGGUAUCAUGCCACAGGUCGCGAUCUCGUUCCGCAAAGACCGAGGUCGACCCAUGGUCCUCGUCUUCAACAACAUUCAUUUCGUACACGACGACCCUGAAGGGCAUGCCCUACUUCACAUGCUCCAACAGCGCGCUGAAUCGUGGUCCCAAGCGGGGGUGUGCACCGUCAUCUUCUCGUCCGAUGACUUUCACGUCUAUCGCCACCUCAAGAAGAACGCCUCGAGGAUGCACGUCCUUUCGAUUCGGGAUCUCACACCUUUAGAGACGCACACUUUCUUGAGGGGCACGCACGAGAAGGCAUUCCCUGAAGAUGGUGAAGUCGGGUGGCGAGAGAGCUGGAGAAUUUGGGAUCUGAUCGGCGGGAGGUUGAGUUACCUCAAUCGUGUGGCGCGGAGGAAGGACAUGCUCGAAGCAGCGGAGGAGAUGAUUGAGCAGGAAAAGGAAUGGUUGCAUCAUCGAUUGGGUUUGAUUCCGGAUCAGUACGUCAGGGAUCGGCCGGGCUCGGCGGAGGGAACCUCGCGAAUUGAUUCACUUUGUGACUCACCUACAGCGACGACGAUGUGAUGGACGAACAAAAAGUCUCGUCGUGUUCGAUGCUGCUCUUUCAACAUUUCGCCAAGAUGGCUGAAGAGGCUGAACCGCUCUUGAAUCGGAAUACGAUCGACUCGGUCGUUCCUUCGCCUGGGGCCGAGGAGGCUUCGGAAGGAGGGGCCAAGGUGGAGGAGGAUGAGAAGCUCGGACAGCAAAUCGAGGACGAUCUCGUCAAUUCGCUGACCCCAGAGAUGGAUCCCUUCGUCUCCUAUCGCGAAGCAAGGGUCAUCAUGACCCGCCCGGACUAUCUGAUCGAUCACGACCGCCACAACAUCGUCAACAUCAACUCGCACCACCAAGUUCGCCCCGAUUCGAGGAUGAUGCUGACGGUGUUUCGGAGGAUCGCCAAGGAGGAAGGCUUCGAUCAGGAUCUGCAGGAUGUCAGGGAUCGUGUCGAUCAGAUUGAGAGUUUGCAUAGGACGGCCGAGUUGACGGUCAAGAAGGAUGAUGCCGAUCUGGGGGGCUUCUGUAAGAGUUGGGAGCUUGGGGCCUGAGGGGUUAGAAGUUCGUGUGAAUCUGUACUGAUUCAUGGGUGGCUCAUAUUGCACACAGUACGACUUCGAGUGGGCGAGUAUCGCAAGGAGCACGACAAGCCGGAUGCAGAUAGCGAUGGUGGUGAAAGUGGGGUAGGGGAAGUGGGGGCAAGGAAGCAGAGUGUCGACGAGGAAGAGGGUGCUCGAUUAGUAUGA